AUGCCAGGUGGAGAAUCUGCUAAAAAGUUAUUUGCCAAGAAUCAGCCUUCAGAAGGAUUUCAGUGGAGAGAUUGUACAGACCCUUCCUUGGCAGAUGAUUCUUUGGCCUUGCAACAGUGUUCACAAGGACAUGGUUUUGUUUCUGAAAGAGAAGGUGUUCUGACAUCCUGCAGAGAUGAUGGUAAUGGCAAAAAUGAUUUUGAAAAUAACUGUGGGUUUUCCAUGAAAAGAGAGGUAAUGAAGACAUGCAGGUCUCGAAACAUCAAGUCUGAGACAGUUCUUGAUGGGUCGUUAAAUGAUUUACAUUUUAUGGAUGUUGUCAAGGGAAAUGAUUCACUGGAAGGUUCAGUGUCGCAUUCAGAGUGCUCUCAUCUUCCUUUUAAGACAGACAAUUCAGAGUUUAAGAAAUCAUUAAAUCGAAGACAUUCAAAGGCAGAAAUGAAAAGUUUUUCAAGAACCCCAUCAAAAUCAAAUUCAGCACAAUCUUUAACAGGCCAUGAGAAUUCUUUAGGAAAGACACUUGCAACAAGUUUGAAGCUGAUUGCUGCAAAUUCUGCUACAUCACCUUUGACCCAAAGCCCAGUUCACAGUGAUGGUGAGUCAUUUCAAGCAGAGACUAUGAGCUGUACAUCUAAUUCCAAUGCUUCAGACGCAGUAACACCGGUUGUGGUGCUUUCUCCUGCUGAGCCACCUGACCAGUCAGAUAACACACCCGUAAGAAAAUAUUCAACAAGAGCAUCCUUGAAAAAAGACAAACUAUCUAAGCGGAAGAGCAGUGAUUUUGAAAUGAUGAAGCCUAUCCUGAGUAAGGACGGAAGCGUCACUUUGUAUCAGUGUGAAAAAUGUAGCAAAGUGUUCAACAAAAAACAAACUCUGCGGCAGCAUUUCAUCACUCAUACAGACCGCUUUGCGUGCUCCUACUGUGACACUCGAUGUAAAAGCAAAGGAGACCUCCACAGACACAUACAGACCCAUACGAAGGAGAAACCAUACCACUGCGAUGUCUGCAACACUGAUUACACAAGGGAAACCAUUUUGAGAAAGCAUAUGAAAACCCAGUUACAUUUAACGGCGUGUUAUGAGCGAGAGAGCAUUGCUAGCCUUCACAAAAUGGUAGACAAAGAGAAAAAUGCAGAUAAGUUUGUCACAAACCAGACACAAGUCAAACUAGGGGGACUCUCAUGCAGUCAGUGUUGUAAAGUUUCAUUCUCAAAAGGCGAGUACAAGAAACAUAUGAAAUCUCAUACAUUUAAAUAUGUAUGCGGUACUUGCCAAAAAGGUUGUAAAACUGCCUUGUUAUUAAAAAUUCACAGUAGAUCUCACAAUAGAUCUUCCAGUUUGUUCUGUAAGGUUUGUUCAAGAUCUUUUAUUAGUUUGCAUUACCUAAAGGAGCAUAGAAAAAGUCACAAGUUUGGGACUUCUAACAAAGCAGUGGAGGAACACUUUAUCAAAGCUGCCAUAAGUAAACACAACAAGGUAAUAGCAAGAAUGACAAAAAAGUUUCCCUCAGUCGAUGAUUCGAAGGAAGAAACAGAUAGCCAGAGUAACUUGUCAAAACUGAAAAAGUUGGAAUGUGACGAAUGCCAUAAAACUUUUACCAGCGAAAAACGGUUAGCAAACCAUAGUCGAGUUCACAAUGGCACAUACAUAUGUGGCAUUUGCAGCAAAGCCUUUUCCACUCUGUCUAAGCUGAAAAUACAUCUGAAAUUCCAUGGGAAAAUACUCAGAUGUGAUGUAUGUGAUGCCACUUUCUAUGAUGACAAGGAGCUUGAGGCACACGUUCAAGAGCAGCAUGGUGGCAGCGAUUUUACAUGCAAACUUUGCUAUGAACAGUUUGAGAGCGGGCCAGACUUACAGAGCCAUAUGAGAGACCAUGCACCAACCAUGUUGUUCAGUGGCAAGUCACUGGAUGAAACUGCUUUACCUGUGGGAAAUAAGAGCAAGAAAAAGCCUGCAAGGUCAGGGAUUGACAUUCUCGAAUUCAGUGACAGCGAAGACUUCAGUGACAUUGAAGACUUGCAAAACCAGAUAAGACCACGGAAAGUUGAACCACUCAAAUUGUGUGCCUCUGCCGAAAAUAGUGUCUUUGAUAGCCAGGAGUUUUUAGAAAUAAUAAAAAGCGUUGUUGAAGAUAGUGAUGAUAAUGGGAAUGAUAGCGAUGUAUCAGAUUCAGAUGAUGAAUUGUAUUCUGAUAUUGUUUCGACUCUAAGAGAUGAAGAUUUCAGUUCGGGAGAUUCUGAUGAUGGGUCUAAAAAUUCUUUUCUACACAAGCCUUUGCUUCUUGAGGGAGAAGAUAUUGUAAAAAAGUAUUAUGCUGAAUUUGAAAGACAUUCAGAGAAAGAUGAAAAGAAACAGUUAUUUAAAUGUCGUCUAUGUAGUAUGGCUUUUGACGAGGAUAAAUAUUUGAAGAAUCAUCUCAGGUGCCAUUUUUGUGAGUACUGCAAUAAGUUUUUUGUUGGCAGAGACAAGUUAUCUGCCCACAAAUCUCGUCAUGUCAGAUACCUGUUAAAACAAAUCAAAACAGAGGUUAAUAGGUUGCACACCCCUAAACAAAAAUGGAAAGCCUGCUCCAUGUCAUCAGAAUCUGAAAAUGAAUUGGAAGACCAGUUUUUAAAUGAACUUGAAGAUAUCCUAGAGGGGGAGCCCCCUAAAGAAGCCCGUUCUGUGAAUUUUUUACAUAGCUUAUCUCAUGAUGAAAUUGUACGGGCUAACAAACAUAUAUUUGAGCAGUACUCCUGUUUAGAUCUGACCAAUAACAUAUUCGCUUGUACUAUCUGUAAGCGGAAGUAUGCGAGACCUACGACACUGACCAGACAUUUCAAAACUCAUGUAUGUCAGUUCUGCAACAAGUUCUUUGAGGAUAAGUCUGACCUCCUUGAGCACAAAUACAAACACAGGAAGAAAGCAGCUCUGAUGAAAGCCGAGAUCACCGGAGAGGGGAGCAAGAUGCCACCAUCACCAGUUGUGUCCAAACCUAAUCGUGACAUGUUCAAGAGAUACUCUUUCAUUGACUCCGACAGAAACAUCAAUAGGUGUACGUUAUGCUGCAAAGAUUUCGUGCGUAGGACAGUCCUCACCCGUCACAUGAAGACCCACAUUUGUAGCCAUUGCGAUAAGUUUUUUGAAGAUAAGUACGACCUAGCCAAGCAUGUCACCUUUCACCAGGUGGAGAAGCAGUAUAUGGAGGAUGACGAAUUUACUGAGUAUGAUGAGGAUGAUAAGCAGUAUUCCACAAACUCAUCUGUUGUUGGAAAUUUAGACCAUGAUGACAAAAGCAUUGCCAUGGCUUCUUCUUUUACCUCAUCCCUGCGCCAUCUGAAUCCAUCAUUCCAUGCACAGCCAGCCUGCGCCAGUCGAAAUGGAACAAUUACAUUCAUCCAGAUUCCAAACACCGAGAGUGGUGAAACAGCAGGUUCUCAAGUGUUUACUGCGCCUGGCAAUGGUGCCUCGUCAUUCCAGAUCAUCUCCCAACCUGUUGAAGUUUAUAAAGAUGCUGGGCAGGAAUCGUUCUUAGUGGCUUCCACAAGUAUCCAGGGAGGAGAACCUGAGAAGAUCAUAACAAUUUCUCAGCCUCAAAUUGUUGCUGGUUCUUCUGAAGAGCGAGAGCGACUGUUUGAGUGCGGUGAAUGUGGCAAGCGGUUCUUCAAGAAUGGACACUUGAGGUCUCAUAUGACAAUUCAUACGGGGGACAGGCCUUACGUGUGUCGUCUAUGUGGCAAAGCAUUUGGCCGAGGCACAACUCUGCGGAAACAUGAGAAGACUCACAUGAAGCGGUGCAAGAUCUGUGAUACCAGUUUUUCCCAUAAGUAUGAGCUGGAUUUGCACAUGGAAAUUCAUAGAACCUACGCAUUUUAUAAAUGA